GUUUGUCGGCGCAGAUCUUUGACGACGAUUUCUUUGUUGAAAAAUAUACGCAUUAAAAACAAUACAACAAUAAUAAUAGAAAACAAGUUAGAAAGAUUUGAUAAAAACGCAUAAUUUUUUGUUUAAAUUAAAGUAAAUUUAAGAAAAAGAAACAUAAAUAGUGGAAUAUGUCAUGGUUUAAUGUGUGGGACGGUUUGAAGAAUAAAACAUGUCGCUAUUUAUUGCAACGUUAUUUAGGACAAUUUCUAGACGAAAAACUAAAUCUUGAACAACUCAACAUUGAGCUGUAUAAUGGAAAGGCAACAAUAAAGAAUGUAUCACUGCGUGUAGAGGCUCUCAAUGAACUGUUGGAUGCACAAGGCUGGCCCUUUGAAUUUACUGAUGGUCAAAUUGGUUUGCUGACCGUGUCAGUGCCGUGGAAUGCUUUAAUGACCAAUGACAGUUCCAUUGAGGCAUCGGAUGUGGUGUUGUGUUUAAGGCCAGUAAAAAGGGCCCAUGAGGGUCAUGAAUCUAUGAUAGAGUCUAUGUGGUCAUCGGUGAGUAGUUCCCUGCAAUUGGCUGAAGAGUGUAUGCGUCAAGAGGAGGAUGAAGAAGAUGAGUCAGAAUGUACUAGUAAAGGUGUUGCGACAGGAACCAUAGCAGGCUUAGAGAAAUUUGCCGAAACCAUAGAUAAUGUUUUAAACCGAAUACAAGCGAAAUUUUCCAAUAUUACCCUAAAAAUUGAAUAUCCCUGCCAUUAUAGGCUAAGGGGAGUAGCUUUAAUUUUACAUUUAAAUGAGCUAUUUUAUAAAAAUGAAACAGGCAAUGAGAAAAUGCCACAAAUGUCUAGUGCCGACAGCUCAAACACACAAACUGAGCAUUUGAAUAGAUUGCCCACUUAUGCCAAACACUCGGUUAAACUGACGGGAGUGUCCAUGUUUACACAAGAAAAUUGGGUAUCGGAAAGUGAAUGUCAAGUUCAACAUGAAGAUAUUCCUAUUUUACAAUUUAUGGGCCAGCAAAAUUUGCAAAUUAAAGUAAAGCAAUCGGAAGAAAUAACGGGGCCAAAGAUAUGUUUCGAUGUGGAACUGGGAGCUAUAUGCGCCAUAUUCUCACCACGUCAACUGCAACUAUUGACACAUUUCCUUGAGGCCUUUAGUGAGGAAGAAUCUUAUAGAAAACCACGUACCGCUACGUAUAACCCAGAAGAUUUUGAACUACAAAGAGAGCAGCAGGAAAGAUACGACAGUAAUUUGGCUCAUGGCAAUUUAAAUAUGUGGAAUAGUCCACCACCCAAUGUGAAAACCAUACCCUCUAGCAAUUUAUAUCGUAAUUGUGAAAAUUAUUGUGAUUCGGUUGCAUCUUCUUCAUUGAGUUCUAGUACUAUAACAAGUGUCUCACGGUAUCAACGAAAAGCCCCUAAUAUAGAUACCUCUGCAGAAAUUUCCAAUUUUGUGAUAAAGGUGGCUGCAUUGGUGGGUGUGAUUUUACAUGAAGACAUUCUAGUGGAAUCAAAUUCAAAUUCUCAUCAACACUUCUGGAAUGAACGUAGUCUUAAGGAACUGCUAACAGUUGCACAAAGUUUCUUCUCGUAUGCGGCCCAGAUCCCGGUGGAGCGUGAACUAAGCAGCCCCAGUUUGUAUUGUAGUAAAAAUCAUUUAUUCCUAAGAUUAAAUCCCAUAGUGGCAGAGGGUAAACAAAAUCGCAAUCAAAAUAUCUUACAAAUCACCACCAGCAUUUCAGCCACCAAAGUAGAAUUGUGUGAGGUAUUAGAGCAGCAGGUGACACACUUGCUGAAAUUUAAUCGCAAUAAGAAUUGUUUCAAUGGCUAUCAAAUAAGACCAGAAUUUACCAUGAAUUUCAGCACCAGCAAUAGCAUAAAAAUGAAAAAGAAUAGCCGUACAAAUAUAGACAUAAUGCUAGAGGAGAAUGUCUUAGAGUUUGACAUAACAAUAAUAGAUCGUUUGGGUUCAUUCUUUGCUCCCUCACCUUAUGUUAAUUACUCUUCUAAAGUAGCACAGUCUAACGUAAAAGAAGAUUUAAAUGCUGGUAACAGAACCGAACUAACCAUCAACUGUGCUUUGCUAGAUUUGAAACUACGUUUUCCCAUUGUCGACUUAAGACCCUUACAUGAUCCUCUACGUGUACCCUGGUGGAAACAAAAUAUACGUUCUGAUUAUCUUCUGUUACGUUUUACCGAAUUAAAAGUAAUCCUAUGUGAAAGCAGAUUAAAAUUGUAUGGCUCACAAAUUGAAAUAUUCUAUGCGGAAACGGAUGACCUACAAAAUCAUUUACUAACCGCUACUUAUGAUAAACAAAUAAACAAGCCACUAAUGGAAAAUUAUCCUAGUAUUUUUGUAGACUUUGCUGAAAGAAACUUUGCUUCGUUAGAAACCAAUAGCGAAACUAAACUCCCCUUUAGUUCGAAAAGACAUUGUCGGCAAAGCAGCACAUCGGCUUAUAACAACAAAAUGGAAAAUGAUUUAACGGAAAACAUUUUGCUGCCGGGAGAAAAACACGAAAUUGAUGAAUUCUGUGAAACUACCAUGGCCAAUUCGGAAAUACAAGUGAAAUUAAAUUUUCCUCAUGUUGAUUUUAUAAUAGAAUCCAAGCAACUAUAUGAGGUUAUUUACAAUCGACUUAAUGCUGCUUUUAUGUGGGAGCCUUCCUGUCCUUACAUAACAAAAUCUUCAGCUAUGGACUCGCAACAACAAAUGGGUCAAAGUCUUUUAAAUAUGGGUUUAAUGGAUUCCGUUUAUAUCUCAGCCAUAGCACAAAAUGAUGAGUCUUAUGCAACAGCAACUCAAAGUCUUAGCAGCAGUAAGCCUCCCUUAGUUUUUGAGCAAAGCGAUCAAAGUGAUGAUAACCAAGAGCAGGAAGAAGAUUUGGAAAUAGAUGAGGACGAUGAUGGUAUUUCGGGCAUACAACAGCAGCCGCCCCAAACAUUUAUGGCCAAAAUGUCACAACACAAUUGUUCGGUGGAAAUAUUACUGGGCAAAGUUUCUGGUUCCUGUUUUGUGCCAGUGCGUGAUAAUGAUAAACAUGUUCUGCCUCAAGUAUGCGGCAAAUUCCUGCUUAAUGUGGAAAAAGUAAAAAUAUUCUUGGUGGCUGGUUUUAAAAGCGAUAUAAAUCUUUCCUAUUUGUGCACACAAAUAAAUAGCGGUGAAAUCUAUCAUUGCGGCAUAGUGCCCAUGAAUACCCCCUUGAGAUUUGAUCAUCAGGCUCAAGUUGAAGAUUUUAUGCAGUCUACUCUUUACAAAAUACCCCAGGGCUUAACUAAAGGUAUAGUCGUACCAGAGCAAGACAAUGACAUGUUUGCCAUAGUCAUAGAAAUGAAAAAGAAUCCUCAACAAAGAAUCAAAAGGCUUAAGAUAACGGCCGGCAUACAUUACGCUACUUUGCGUUAUAAUCCUGCCAGCCCAUCUUUGUAUUGGCUAAACCAAUUAAUCGAUUUUCUAGAUGUGGUAGACUAUCCCAUAGAGGGCUAUAAAGCGUUCAGUGUUUUGUCGGAAAUGCAGCUACACUUGUGGGAUUGUGCCAUAGAUUUUCGUCCCGAGAAUUUCUCUUAUCGUGCCGUUUUGGAGUUGUUUUAUUUCUCCGUCUGCAGCAACAUAAUACCCUCCAUGCCCUGCUGUAAUUUACGUUUUGUAUUGGAAGAAUGUGUUUUGUCAUUGGCGCCCUAUGAGGAAUCAUUACACAAGAAAUAUCCCUGUUAUAAGGUGUCAUUUAUAGAUGCCAAAAAUCUUGUGCCGGUUUUGGAUGUGGGUUUGCUGGAUAUUUCAUUGCGUUUAAAUGAUGAUGAUUCUGAUAAAUGUCCUACUUUUGAUUUGAGAUGUUCCAUUCACGAUGUACAUUUUCGCACUUGUUAUGAUUCGGGCAGUGCCUUUGCUCAACUCAUUGGCUAUAUGGCCAAUAAUACGAAUCCCUCUAAUGAACAAACAAAUCUUAAAGAGCAAUCUUUGCAGUCUUCUUUAAGUUCGGAGUCAGAUUUCUUUUUAUCACAAACCGAGCAGCAGCUGACGAAAGAGAUUACCAAAAAACAGCAAGAACGUGUUAAUAUACUAAUGGCUGAAGCGGUGCAAGAGUCGCCGGAAGAAAGCUGUACUUUAGAGACCAUAGAGGAAGAAGAACCAAUAAGAGGAAAAGAUGAACUUAAAUUGUUUUAUUUCCCUGAUGAAAACAAUAAACAUCUGAUUAAACAGGAGGCAAAUGUCACCACAGAAACAAUGGAAAAAUCUACAUUAAAUACUGCCAGCAGCAGUAAAGAUACCCUGGAAACUUUACCUAUUAUAAGAGCGGAAUUUGGCGAGAUAACAGAGGAGGAUAACGCCUUGUUCGAGGAACUCCACAAUGGCUCCUCCAAUGAGGAAGACUACUGUAUAAUAGCCGAGGAAGAACAUGCUUUUGUGAAUACUAAAUUAGCUAGCGGUUCUGUUGAGGUAUCCGAUGAUCCUUUAAUGAUUGUUGAUAAUCAUUUCUGUCUACCCUCGUCUUCCAGUAAUGAUCUACUGCGAACUCCCACAAAUUUUCCCAUGCCCGAACAACGUUAUACUCUCUGCGAAAUGACGUUUACUUGGCAUUUGUAUGGUGGUCAUGAUUUUUCCACCUCUCCCUCUUCUGUUGGAGGAAAAACACCCGCUACAACAGCAUCAGCAGCCACAGGAGGAGAAACAAGUGCAAAUAAAACUGCCAUGUCAGAUACCUAUCGCCAGGGUGUGUUCUAUGCCAACGAAUCGUCUCGCCUGCCACAGGUGAAGAAACCUAAAGAAAAACUCACCUGGAAAUCGGUGGGAGGCAGCACACGUAAUCAUGAAGUCUUGGUGGAAAUGCAAUUUACUAAAGUGAGAUUUUCCUAUGAAGUAUAUCCCCGCCACACUAUGUAUGCCUCUAGGCAAGUGCUGAUGGUCAAUGAAAUCGAAAUACGUGAUCGUUUGCAGAGUUCCGAAAUCAACAAGUUUCUCUACAAUGCCAAUACGAAAAGUUUUAGCAAUCGUAGGAAUCAACACAUGGUAUUGGUUAAAGCUAUCCACGUACGACCCAAUCCCCAGCAAAGUAAUAAUCAAGAAUGUUCGUUGCGCAUCUCGCUCUGUCCGUUGCGUGUUCACAUCGAUCAAGAUACUCUGGAAUUUUUAACAGACUUUUUCACUAAUUUCGGUAAAGCCUGUGACAAGGACAACUCUGCUGACAAGCCAACAGAUGAAGGCAAACCGACUAAACUUGCCGUAGCUAAACCAGAAGUUCCCAUUAUGACAAUCAGUGAAGAUGAACAAGAAAUUCCCGAUGCUGUAAAUGAUCUAAGAGCUCGUCGUAUUGUUAAUGAAAACAUUUCUCUAUUAAUCGAUGAACAAGAAUGUGCCGACAGCCGUUCCAUUAAAUCGGACAAUAGUGUGAUGUCAGCCUCGCCGGAAGUGAAUAAUGCUCCCAUAUAUUUCCGAGAAGUCAUUUUCACCCCAGAUGUAUCCAUACGUUUCGAUUAUCAUGGCCGAAGAGUUGAGCUUUCCAAGGGACCUAUAGCUGGCCUGUUAAUGGGUCUGGGUCAACUACAAUGUUCCGAAAUUAUUUUACGUAAAAUAGUGUAUAGACGUGGGCUACUGGGCUUUGAAAAGGUGUGUAAUUAUCUAUGCAAAGAAUGGUUAAGGGAUAUAAAACGUAAUCAAUUGCCGAAGAUCUUAUCGGGAGUGGGUCCUACGUAUGCUUUCGUACAGCUGUUCCAAGGUAUCUACGACUUGUUUUGGUUACCCAUAGAACACUAUCAAAAAGAUGGCCGUUUGAUAAGAGGCCUACAAUUGGGCGCCCAAAGUUUUAGUGCACGCACGAUUUUGGCGGCUCUAGAAAUCACUUCUAGACUUAUACAACUUUUACAAUUCACCGCAGAAACCGCAUUCGAUAUGGUUUCCUCCGGGCCCUCAGUCCGUCAAUCCAAGAAAAGCAAACGAGGCCGCAAAAAACGUCACAAUCGCCCCAAAGAUAUACGUGAGGGCGUGGCCAAUGCCUAUCAAAUACUCAAAGAAGGCAUCAAUGAUUCAGCCAAUAAUCUCAUUGAAACAGCAGCAGCCGAACAUGAUCAGAAAGGUUUGACAGGAGCUGUUGGAGCCGUUAUGCGUCAAGUUCCCCAACUGGUGGUAUGUCCCGCAGUCUUGGCUACCCAAGCCACCACUAAUAUAUUGGGCGGUGUUAAGAGUUCUUUGGUACCUGAAGCAAAACUCGAAGCAAAGGAGAAAUGGAAAGAUGACAACUGUUAAUAAAAAACUUUUACGUCUGAUUUAACUUGAACGUCGAAUAGAAUAAGAAUGUGUGGAAUACUUCUUCAAAAUAUAUUGAAGUUAUAUUAUUAUUAUUAUUACAUUAUAAUUAUUAUUUUCAAAACAAAGGUGCACAUCAAAUUAUAGUUAAGAUACAUAUAAAUAUACAUAUAUUUUACUUAUUGUUAUUUUUUACUUCUGCCUUAUACAUAAUACAUUACUUAUAUAUACAUUAAAAAAAGUAAAUAAAUGUUUUUAUUAGGAGUAAAAACGAAGCGGAGGUA